AUGCUUCUCCAAACAAGCGAGUCACAGCACUCAGUUGACAAUGCCUCAACUGAUGCCACUCCGUUAGGCCAUUCGUCUGCAAGUCCUCCGGUUUCGGAGCCUACACCUCCCCUGUGUGUACCCGCAAGACAAUCCACUACUGUUGCCCCCGAAUCUCCCUUACCAGAUCCUUCUAUUUCGCAGCCUAACCAGUCCACAGCUGCAACCACGGAAGCAAAGCGCGAAAAGCAUCGAAGUAGAAAACAGAGCCAGCGUGCAGCGAAGCGAGCAGCUGCUGAAAAUCAUGCAGUCUCUGAUCCGAAAAGUUGGCGGCCAACUCGGUUAGUCUAA